AUGAAGUACAUGGAUCCUGCGAUAUUGGGUCGCUUCGUCAGGACAGUACAGAAUGGUAGUAGGUUGCUUGGACUGGAUGUUGGAGAGAAAUACGUGGGGCUAGCUAUCAGUGAUCCCCUCAAUAAAGUUGCAUCACCUCUAAGUGUUCUGGUGAGGAAGAAAUCCAAUCUUGAUUUGGUGGCUAAGGAUUUCCAGAAGCUGGUCUCUGAACUGUCCGUGGCUGGAUUUGUCGUAGGACUCCCAUUGGACAGAUAUCAGAAGUCGCGAGAUGUUAAUGAAAUGCAUCUUUUUGUGGAUGACUUAUCUAGAACAGGAAAGCUUAACAACAGUUUACCCUAUACUUAUUGGAACGAGUGUUUUUCAUCAAAGGUCAUCGAUCUUCUUAUAGAACCAUUAAAAUUCCAUCCUGUUGAAGCGAAAACCAUGCAUGACAAGUUUGCUGCAGUUACAAUCCUUCAGGGAUACCUAGAUUAUAUGAACAAAAGGCUGAAGUCCGAGGCAGCGGAAGCAAACCCUUCAGAUAAUGGAAGCCUUUUCAUUUUCGUUUGGGCCAUGGGUUGCCAGUACUCCUGA